UUUAUUAUGACAGGGAUGUUGGUGGAACAGGAAAUGAAGGACUUCACUGUUUCGUGGGAAGGAUCCUGUCUUCAUUAUGCAGACACCAAGUGUAACUCCCGUGGUGCAACUGAACGUCGGGGGCGCUGUCUACACCACCUCCGUGGGCACCCUGACAAAACUCCCAGGUUCCAAGUUGGCAGAGAUGUUCUCCAGAUCGCACAAGGAUGCGGAGGGCCGCUUCUUCUUCGAUCGCUCCGGCACCUAUUUCGGACCCAUCCUGGACUACCUGCGUUCCGAGCAGCUGCCCACGCAGCACAUCCCAGAGGUGUACCGCGAGGCUCAGUUCUACGAAAUCAAACCGUUGGUCAAGCUCCUGGAGGACACGCCACAAAUCUUCGGUGAGCAGGUGGCACGGAAGCAGUUCUUGCUGCGGGUGCCAGGUUACAGCGAGAACCUGGAGCUCAUGGUGCGCCUGGCGCGGGCCGAGGCCAUGGCCGCGCGCAGCUCCAGCGUGCUGGUGUGCGCGGUGCGCACGGAGGAAGAUGCAGCUCACUGCGCCGACACCCUGCGCGUCCUGGAGGAAAACAAGAGGUCGGUCAUCAAGUUCGGGCCCUGGAAGGCAGCCCCCGAGAUCACAGAUCUCCUGGACUGUGUGGUGAUGGACAUUGCAGCUCAGGGGUAUAAAGUGUCCCGUCGAGCCUGCUCUGAGAAGGCAGUGCGGGGCAAGGCUGUCAAUUACUUUUAUACAUUCCUCUUCACCUGGUGGUGAUCCCCAGUGGCAGGGGCUGUUCGUUAUGGCCCUGGUGGGGCUUAUGAAAUUAAAAAUGGCCUUCAAAAGCAAUUUUCCUUUAAUUUCAAAAACAAACAUCAGCUUCCGAGACCAUGUAAGAGGUUUGCCCCCAAAUAUUUCUCUCCCCCAGCCUUGAGGACUUUCCACUCAUUGCAACCCAUUCCACUGUACUUGCCCUGGAGAGGUGCAACUGCUCUCUCUUUAAAGCCUCCUGUACCUGUCAGACCCUUCCCCCCCCCCACUUUUUUUUAAAGACUUAUUUAAUCAUGCAUACAAGAACCGCGGUAUAGGCCAGAUGUGCGGGAGGGUGAGAGGAUUCACCAGAGACAGAGCAGGGAACAGAACAGGCAGACUGACGGAAAUACACUGCUGAGGGGAGCAGCGGAUGAGACAGGAGAGGUCUGCUGCACCAUGUGGGUAGCUCCACCACCAGCUGGGAUUGAACCCACACUGCAGAGGCUGCGGACAGCUUCACAGCACUGUGCUCGACUGCCUGCGCCACCAGGGAGGCCCUAGACCCUUCCCUUGAAGUCCAAAAGUCAGAAUGAGGUUAGCUGGAAUAUUUCAACAAUGCUUUGGUUGGAGAUGCAGGAUGAUGACAGGAAAAUAAUAGGAUACCAUGAAUCUAGAUAGCUUUACCCCAAAAUAUCGUCUGUCCUGCUUCAGCUUGUGGUCCAAUCCUCCAGCCUUGGGGUGUGUCUUCAUGGAUAAGAUACCAAGUUGUUACCUAUAGUAGAUGCCCAUCAGAUCUCCUUUUCCUAGAUUUUGAGAAUGUUGGCAACUAAAGUCUCACAGCUGUUUUCUUUUCUAGAGCAGUGGUUCUCAAAGCACGAACCCUAGACUAGCAGUAUCAGCAACACCUGGGAACUUGUUAGAACUAUAAAAGCUCUUAUCUCCAAGUCAGACCUACUGAAUUUGAAACUCUGGGGGUUAGCGCAGCAGUCUGUUUUAAUAAGCCCCCUAGAAAAUUCUGACACACUCUAAUUUUAAGAACCCGCUCUAGAAAAGAACUACCAUCCCACUUGUGUGGACAGCCAAGAAACUGACCCCUGGUCUCAAGGAGGAAUUAACUGGUGCUGUUUUCUGUUCCAGAGCUCUUGGUGUGAUGAGGCUGAAAUCAGGCUUCAUUUUAUACCACCUUCUUAUCUGGCAUUCUUCCUCUGCCCUGCCCUAUUUUCCUCACCCCCUUUGGCUUGAAAGCACAUCCUCAAAAAGCCAUUUGUGCAAGAGACUGUUUCAGGUUCUGCUUCUCAACACAUUGCAUGACUUUAAAGAGGUCAAUUGUAGAUGUUCACCCUUCUCCAAGGCCAGAUCUAGGAUAAAUGCCUCCCUUCCAGCCAAAUAAGUUGACUAACUUACUGGUAGUUUUCCAGGAACUAGAGGUCAAGAUUUAAGGAAUUAAAACUGAAUCAAUGAGUUUCAAAUUUAAAAAUAAAAUUGUUCACAAUAGUCAUGGUCAGUGACCAUUGUAACAAUAACUUCAUGUGGUUGUACAUUUUUCUUAUCUUCAAAGCUUACUCUAUGUUUUUCUUUUCUGGUGUUUAAUAUGGCUGACAAAGUGGAAAAACCUUGGAUAAAAAAUUUGAAUUUUUUAUCAUGGAGCAAUUUAGCCAUAUUUAACAAGAACAUGUAAAAAAUCAGAGGGGGGGAAUACCCUGAAGAGGGAGGGAUAAAAAAUUCCAAACCCAUUUAUCAGUGAUUACCAAUGAGAUUAGAUUCCAAGGAGACUCCUUACUCCUUAAGAUCUAAAUAGAUUGCUUAAAACCUCAAUUGCAGAAGUUAUGGAAGGGUCGUUGUCCUUCCCAAGAUUUCUACAUAUGCCCUGAGGGCCUCAUUUUUUUAAAAAAAAAGAUUUAUUUAUUUAUGAAUACAAGAGCUAGAGUGCAGGCCAGAGGUACAUGCGCGCUGGGGGGUAUGUGUGUGUGUAUUCACCAGAGAGAGUGGGGAACAGAACAGGCAGAAUGACUGUCCCACAGUGGGCAAGACAGGAGAAGUCUAUUGCGCUUUGUAGGUCAGCUCCCUGGCCAGGGAUCAAACUCAUGCUGCAGUGGCUGCUGAUAGCUUCAUAGUGCUGAGCUUUAAUCCCUUGCACCACCAAGGAGGCCCCGGCUUCACUUCUUAAGGGUCAACUCUAGUUCUCUUCUCCUUAGUCUCUGGAUUCAUUCAUUCAGCAGAGAGAUCCUCUACAUACCUCGAACCUGUUGCACAGGUUGCUCACCUAAUACACAUUGCUCACCCAAGUUUAACCACAGAUACUUUUCUUAAUUUUUUACAAUGCCAUUUCCAACGAGCUAUUUGUGCACAUAGCAAGCUGUGAGAGAGAGGUAAAUGAAGGGGAGGUAGUUUAUAAUACAGAGAUGCAAAUAAUUUCCCAUGGAAUAUUGGACAUAUCCAUUCUUAAAAGUUUGUCAGUCACGCCUAUCUCUAGGGGCUUUUCAUUAAUGGAUUGUAUUUGUUUCCAAUUCUUUCUUCCUCACUGUUAUAGCCAUGUUUCUCUAUAGGGGGCGUAAACCUUCCCACACCACUGAUCUGCUACUUGUUUUCAUGACUUAAUCUGGCCAAUGGAUUAUGUGUAAAAGUGUGUUUCAAUUCCAUACUGAGGCUUUACAGGCAUGCCAAGUUCCCACCAACCCUUUUGUGGUCCUGUCAUUUGCACAGAGAAGACCAUGGUCCAGUUUAGUUACCUCUUUUAUCGCCUUGACUCUAGCCUGCAUGUAUAUGACUAUUUUCCUAAACAAUUUACCAAACUAUUUUAUUAAACAAAGGCAAUUCCAACAUUCCCCAAACUCCCAAUCCCUAAUACAAUUCAGAUAGCAUACUGUUUAUAUCCUACUUAAUUUACGAUAGGAAAAUAAUCAUAAAUAAGUCAAGUUAGUUAUUUUACAUCUAUAUAAUGUAAUGCUAUGCAGCAAUUAAAGUUACAAUUGUUGAUGACUUACAAUUAUCAGGGAGAAUGCUCAUUUAAUCCAAUGUAAUUGAACUACACCACUUAAGGUGGUGGGGCUUACAGGCGUAUAUAAAGAAGAAAUAUCUUAUCUUAAAAGAUAUAAAUUAGAAGUGCAUACGUUAAUUGGACUAUUUGUUGCCUACCCAAUAAUACCAUUUUCUUUCCUAGCAGCCCAAGAAAAUUAUUACGGCACACUAAUAAUGUUCAAGAUAGUAUUUCUGUUCUUUUGUAGGGGCAAAUGAGACUUUUCAGGUCUGUUGGGAUUAAGAGAGAAUUAAAUGUAGCUGUUAUUAUAAUCCAAAGGAAAAACACAGUAAAACUUUGAGAUCAUUCCUGUGGAGACACCCUAAUUCUUAGCAGUCUGCCAUUAUUCUCUUAGAGUACCUCUUCUUUUUUAUUCAAAAACUAUUCUCUGCUUAUUCUCCCCAUCCUCCCAUGCACCUCUCCCCAUCCAUCCUCUUCCCUUUCUACUGUGUUCAGUAGCCUUGAAAGUUUAUCCCAAAGUACAGCAUGCCCAGGCCCCCUCCCAGUUGACCAAACACUUAGAAAGUACAAGAUUGGAAGACAAGACCUGUGCAGUUGGUAUGUGGAUGGACUUUUGGGAAUUGUUGGGGGGAAAGGAUGCCCUGAAGGAACUCCACAAACACAGGUUUUAUGGACUCCACACAGCACCCCAGACCAAAGAGAUCCAGAACACUAAGAACUACACAUCCCAUAAUGCCAUCACCCCCAAAGGGAGGAUGCUGGGAACUGAGGGUGGAGUUAAGCAGCCAGGCUUGGUAUAUAACUAGAUAAACAUGGGGGCCUUGGGGUUUCUUGGCUUUUUGCUGGCUUUCAGCAUGCUGUUGGUGUCCCAGCUCAGAGGAACUGGUAGGACACAUUCACCAAUUUCUCUCUCUCUCUUUCUCCCUGAGUUAUUCUUUUCCUCAUUUCCCCUUUUUGAAAUAAACCCUUUAUUAACUUUUUGUGUGUGCCUGCAGUUGAGUCUUACUAUAAGUCCCUUUUAAGUACACAGGUGAGGACCCACAGUCAGGCAACCCAUUUCACAUUGGGGUUGCCCUGUGACAGAAUAGUGAAAACAUUUGUUUCUUAAGAAUGCCCACCAGAGGGCAUCUAUUCUAGAAGAAGCUCUUAAAAAACGAAUGUACACCAUGAUCCAACCUGUGGAUGUCAGUCAGUCUCUCUGACUCCCCGACUCCCAGGUGCUUACUCAGUGGGGUCCUAAGGAAGAUUGUGUGACAGCAGGGAUGGAGGUUACGCAUGGGCUUAUAGUGUAGAUUU